AUGUCUACAUUUGAAGAAAAAGUCACCACCGCCGUUCACGAUGGCAUUCUGCCAGGCGUCUUACUAUACGCAAAGGACAAAUCAGGCCGCCUAAACUACUCCCAAGUCAUCAACUCUCAGAACGCACCCCACGUUCCACCCAUAUCCCCAACAUCAACUCUCUGGUUAGCUUCUGCAACAAAGAUCAUAACCACCAUCCCCGCUCUCCAACUCGUAGAGCGUAACAUCGUCACCCUAGAUGAGGAUAUUUCCCCCCAUCUCCCCGCCCUUGCCUCUCAACCGGUUCUUAGCGGCUUCACCAGCUCCAACGAGCCCAUUCUCUCACCCCGCAAGAAUCCAAUCACCCUACGUCAGCUUCUAUCCCACUCCGCCGGAACGGGCUACGACUUUCUCUCUCCUGAAAUCCAGCGCUGGCAGAUUCUCAACGGCAAAAAACCCGUCUCAGGAUCAAACGUGGAAGAGCGCUUCUCCUACCCGUUUCUCUACGAACCCGGCACACACUGGGCGUACAGCAAUGCCAUCGACUGGACCGGUCGUCUCGUCGAGGUCCUGACCGGCCAAGACCUGGAAACUUACAUGCGCCAGAACAUCUUCGAGCCCCUGAACCUCAACUCCUUCACAUUCAACGCCGCCAAUGUGGAAAAGACCCUCUGGCCGCUGAGCACCCGCAACCCGGAGACUGGCAAAGUCAUUCCUUAUACCGGAAGACAUCUCAACAACGGUGUAGAGUCUCCGCUUGGAGGUCAGGGUCUGCACGGGAGGAUGGACGAAUACAUCGAAAUUCUCUACUCCCUCCUCAUCGACGAUGGCAAACUGCUCCGUCCAGAGACCACUGCGGAGAUGUUCAAGCCUCAGCUAAGUGCCCAGUCGAAGAAGGCUCUGCUGCAUAACAUGGACACCCCUCAGGGAUUUGUGGGAGACUUUCCAGAUACCAAGGAGUAUGACUGGGGACUCGGUGGGAUUCUCAUCGACGGGGAUAGCCACCCGUAUCGUAAGAAGGGGACACUGAUCUGGAGCGGAGCAGCUAACAUCUUCUGGUGGAUUGAUCGUGAGACUGGAAUCUGCGGCCUCUUUGGCACGCAGAUCAUGCCAGCUGGAGAAAUCGUCACGAAGGGAUACAUCAAGGCUUUUGAAGAAGAAAUAUAUGCGAGAGCCCAAGCAUUGUAA